AUGUCCGAAACACGAUCAUUUACAGUUCGACCGCUGUCGAAACAGACCAGGAAUGAUCACCGAGAUGCCUUUCGCGUUUAUCUGUCGUUGUCAUCGCUGGCAUUUCUCAAACUCCGAGCGGGAGACCCAUGCAAUAUCUAUCCCGCUGGCGGACCAUCGAGAACUGCAAUAGCUUGGAAUGCGACCGAGAACAUUCAAAACACGGUUGUUCAAACCUCGAGGACCCUGCAAGAAUGCUAUGGAAUAAAAAUCGGCGAGAAGAUUACUAUAUCCAAGGUCGACGGGCCUCUAGACGAGAUCACUAGAGUGUCUAUAAUGGAGUGUUCGGAUAGUGAUAGGGUUGCGAAGUACGGCGAAAUCCAUCCCUCUGACAUAGACCAUUGGUCUUGGUCUCUGGAGCAUCCUCUCCAGAAUUGCGAUGGCAUCACUGUCGGCCUAGUAUUUGAACUAGAGCUUAGGAAUCAGCGUCGGAGCUUCAAAGUGGCAGAUAUCUCAAGUCAAGAUGGAAGUGCCGCCAAUACCCUAUUCAAGUUUACUAAAGCUAGCAGGAUAAUAAUGGGCGAUGAUCUGGAAAAAAAAUUAGAACGCGGGACCCCCAACAUCCAGGUGCGGCCUGUUGGCCUGGGUGGGGUGGACCGGCAAGUUGAGAGCAUCAAUGAAAGUCUUGCUGAUUUUAACCUUGGCCCAGUCAAUUUAGUAAUGCCGCCAUUUUAUGAACACACUCGUGGCAUACUUCUGUAUGGUCCAAAGGGAACGGGUAAGACGGCGCUUCUUGCACAGAUUGAAGCAGCAGGGUGGAAUAAAACCUUUCAUAUUGGUUCCUCCACUUUCGGCCGGAAUAUUGGGGACGCUGAAUCAAAGCUGCGCAAUGUCUUUCAAGAAGCAAAACGCUGCCAACCAAGUGCAGUCAUCAUUGACCAAGUGGAAUUUCUUGCGCCCAGACGGACAUCGCUCGACGCCCAGUCAUUGGCAUCAGUUCUCUGUGAAUGCCUCGAUGAUGCCAGAAGUGGGCUUAUUCUGAUCGUGGCUGCGACUCGGCAUCCAAAUGAUGUCGAUGAUGCCCUGAGGACCCCACAUCGCCUGGCAAUCGAGAUCGAGCUGCAAGUUCCGACAGCACAAGAUCGAGCUCAAAUAUUACGUGCUAUAUGUGGAUGCCCGUCCCCCACACUGAGUGAAAGCCUCAUAGACAUGAUUGCGGAAAAGACACAUGGUUAUGUUGGAGCCGAUCUAUUCGCUCUGCUCCAAUUAAUUUGUCGCAAGGCACGGCAAAGGCAAAUGGUGGGAGAUGGGAUUUCCUCUCCCGAGGAUAUCACACCUGCCGACAAUAUAGUUGAAAGCCUGCCUGCCCAGGAAAUAGUUGGAGGGCUCAAGGUUGAAGAAAUUGAUGUCCUAUCAGCCCUACAGGAAACUCGACCUACUGCUAUGCGAGAAGUGUUCUUGGAGACGCCUAGAGUGAAAUGGUCGGACAUCGGUGGACAGCAUGAAAUCAAAAGACGCUUACAGAAGGCAGUGGAGAGGCCUUUGAAGUACCCUGAACGGAUGAAAAGGCUUAAUUUGAACAGCAAGAAAGGCGUACUCCUGUACGGCCCGCCAGGGUGCUCUAAGACGUUGACAGUGAAAGCGCUGGCCACGGAAGCAGGGCUUAAUUUCUUGGCGGUUAAGGGGGCUGAGAUACUUAGCAUGUACGUUGGAGAAUCAGAACGAGCACUACGAGAGAUCUUCCGGAAAGCACGUUCUGCAAGACCCAGCAUCAUAUUCUUUGACGAGAUUGAUGCGAUCGCUUCAAAACGUGGCAGUGCAUCACAGGGAGGUGUUAAUGUUCUCACUACCCUUCUCAACGAAAUGGAUGGCAUUGAGGAAUUGAAAAGCGUCCUAGUCAUUGCUGCCACAAAUAAGCCCGAUGUGAUAGACCCGGCCCUGAUGCGCCCUGGUCGGCUUGACAACAUACUAUACAUAGGACCUCCUGAUUAUGAGGCGCGGAAGGAGAUUUUGAACAUAUGGUUCCGCAAAUCUGUUAUCGAUCCAGAAGUUGAGGUGGAUGUAUUAGCCUCGAAGACGGAAGGAUAUUCUGGGGCUGAAAUCGUGAGUAUAUGUGAGACAGCCGGGGAUGCUGCCUUGGAUGAAGAAGAGGAGACAGGCCAAGCACAGGACAUACGAUGGGAGCAUUUUGAAACUGCCCUCAAGCAGGUGAAAAGGCAGAUAACAGCAGCAGUUAUCGAAGAAUACGAACGGUGGGGCGAUUCUGUUGACAUGUAG